UUCUACAGAGAAUAAAGAUGGCGACCUACCACGAGGUGCCACAGGAGGAAGAUGCCGCGGAACUAACUUUUCCCAAAGAAUUUGAAAACGCAGAAACCCUCCUCAUAUCAGAGGUUCACAUGUUGCUUGAGCACCGGAAGUCCCAGAACGAACAAGUCGAGGACGAGCAGAAACUGAGCGAAGUGUUCAUGAAGACACUGGGAUACACCGGCAGAUUUUCCAAGUUUCGAAACCGAGAAACCAUCGCUAGUAUACGAGCCCUACUCAUGCAGAAGAAAUUGCAUAAGUUUGAACUUGCUGCACUCGCAAACCUUUGCCCAGAAUCCGCAGAAGAGGCUCGAAGCCUGGUUCCCAGUCUGGAAGGACGGUUUUCCGAGGAGGAGCUCGGAGGUCUCUUGGAGGAUAUUCAAACUAAACGUUCCUUCCAGUAUUAAUAUGCACCUAGAUACCUUUAACUUAGAACAGAACCCAUCUUGAUCUCGUGAAAUAUUUUGGAAUUUAUUUCAGA